AUGGAUUUUAAUAUGAUCAGAAAAUCAGGAAAGAUGGGAUGGAUCAUUGCCCUUUUAGGGUUAGCAAUACCUCUAGUAAUUUGUGAUACAUCUCGGCACUACUUUGUUGCUUCAUAUUUACAAGCAAGUUAUAAUGAUGGAGGCCAAGAAACUCUUGUUAUAUUGAUAACACAAAAUAUAACUUCAUUUGCAGUGAUUGCUUCCAUCCUUAAUGACCUUCAAAUCUUAAACUCUGAACUUGGAAGAUUGACAAUGUCUUGUGCACUAGUGAGUGACAUGUUGGGUUACACACUUGUAUUGAUAUCCUCAAUCUUGGACAAACAUAGUGACAUAGGAACACGUGGGAUAAGAAUGGGGUUUUUAUUUGCAUUGGUCAUCAUCAUUUUCUUUGUCUAUCGUCCUGCAAUGUUUUGGGUCAUUGAUCAAACGUCAGAAAAACAAGAAGUGAAGGAUAUUUACCUCAAUAUGAUUAUUGGGGCUCUCUUUACUUUGGGUUGGUUUUCAGUGAUAUUGAAACAAGAAAUCAUCCUUCUACCAUUCAUUUUUGGAUUGGCUACUCCUGAAGGACCUCCGUUAGGAUCUUCAUUGGUCAAAAGGAUUCAUGUUUUUGGCACAGAAUUUCUUUUACCCAUCUUCUUGACUACAUGUGCAAUGAAAGCGAAUCUUUACUCACUGGACUUCUCAUCAGCCGCAGUUAGAGUUGCAAUCUUUAUUGCGCUUUUGGGUUAUCUAGCCAAAAUGCUAACAUGUUUUGCAUCUUCACUCUAUUUCAAGUUGCCAGUAAGGGAUGCUCUCGCUCUUGCCCUUCUUUUGAACUCCAAAGGUGUUGUGGAAGACAUCCAUCCUGAAACUUUUACCGUGAUUAUAAUAAUAAUCAUGAUAACAAGCUGCAUUGUGCACCUAUUGGUGAAACGUUUGUAUGAUCCUUCAAGGAAAUAUGCUGGAUACCAAAAACGGAACAUUUUUGAUUUGAAGCCCAACUCAGAUCUUCGGAUACUAGUUUGCAUUCAUAAACAACAUCAUACGAUUCCCAUCAUUAGAGCCCUUGAUCUAUGCUACCCCACAACAGAAGCCCUUGUCAUUGUAGAUACAUUGCAUCUAAUUGAACUAGUUGGUCGCUCCACCCCAAUUUUCAUUUCUCAUAGGAAGAAGAAAGUUGAUAACUCUUGCAUUCAAAACUCCUAUUCUGAGAAUGUCAUCCUUUCUUUCAAACUCUAUGAAGAUGAAAAAGAAGGUGCAAUAACAAUAAACCCCUACACAGCCAUAUCACCACCUAGAAUGAUGCAUGGGGAUGUGUGCAACCUUGCAUUGGACAAAGUUGCAUCAAUCAUUAUUCUUCCAUUUCAUAGAAUAUGGUCCAUUGAUGGCAAAAUUGAACAUGAGGAUAAGAAUAUAAGGUCUCUAAAUUGUAAGGUCAUGGAAAGGGCCCCAUGCUCAGUUGGAAUCUUAGUGAGCCGUUCAGUUCAUCAAAGUGAUUCACCACUUAGAUUAGCCAUGAUCUUUUUGGGGGGAAAUGAUGAUAGAGAGGCUUUGUGCAUAGCUAAUAGAGCAGCCAAAGACCCUAGCAUUAACCUUGUGAUAUAUCACAUUACACCCAAGAAUACGAAUGAACAUGAAGAACUUGAAGAUAGUGCACUUGACAUGGCAAUGCUAAAUGAUACCAAGAACAAACACUCUCAUUUGGAAAAUGUUAGUCACAAAGAAAUAGAAGUGGAGGGUGGACCUCAAAUUGCUUCUAUUCUUCGCCAAAUGGUAGAAGAUCAUGACUUUUUCAUAGUUGGGAGACGACAUGGCAUUGAUGGUCCUCAAACAAAAGGGCUUCAAGAAUGGAGUGAGUUUUCUGAGUUAGGUUUGAUUGGAGAUUAUCUUGCUUCAGCAGAUCUUGAUUGUAAUUCAUCUAUUUUGGUGGUGCAACAACAAGAACAAUUUUCUUAG